CUCGUGUAUCAUCAUGAUAUUAUCUGAGCUGUGAUACGGCUUAUAUACCAGCAAAACAAAUUUUAAGAACUGAAGGCUUUCUGUCAUAAACAUUCUUCGCUAAUAUCCAUCUACUGUUGUUAUCUAUCUGGAAUGCUAAGCAGAGUUAUAUACUAAAUGAAUAAAACUGAUCCAUUGUGUGUCCAGUUGUUAAAAAGUUUAAUUCUAUGCAGCGAAAAAGCUGCUGUAAUAGCUCGUACAAUUAAAAGACAAACUGGUAUCUUUCAAACACUUGUUCAAGUGAAAGACUCAACUGAGGCUAAUUUAAGAUUCAGCGUAGAUGUCAAAACUUUGGCCGAUGUAUUAAUUCAAGAAGUUGUAAAGUACGACCUAAAUUUACUUUUUCCUGGAUUCAAUGAUUCUGUGUUUGGCGAAGAAAAUAAUCGUUUUUCUGGUAGUUCCGGUAAAACAAUUACAAUUCAACUAUCUUCCAGAGAAAAUCUCGCUGAUCUUUUAGUUGAUGUUUUGGGCAACGAUUUAGAUUUUGCAAAUCAACUAAGUGAAAUUUGUUUUCGACCGCUAGAAUCGUUUCAGACACAAUUUUCAGUGUGUAAUAUUUGGGAAGAUGUGAUCUCCAAUUGCAAUCCACUAUUUAAAAUAACUGAUAUAAAAUAUUGUGAUAUUGGAACAUUUGGUGUAUGGAUCGAUCCAAUAGACUCAACAGCUGAUUAUGCUCAAGGUCAAUUUGAUCAAUUUCAUUUUACUUCAACUACUUCAUCAUCUACUAAUUUAUCUGGUAUAGAAUUAGAAAAUCUAAAUCAAAUUAAUCAUUUUUUUGAAAAUCCAACAAGUUUAAUACGUUUCUAUCAUGGUAGCCUUAUUAAUGUUACAAUUUUAUUAGGUUUAUUUGAUUGUUCAAAUGGUCUACCAUUAAUUGGUGUUAUCAAUCAACCAUUCUAUUUAAAUAAUAUUAGAAAUUCUCCUAAUAAUAAUAACAGUAAUAAUAAUAAUAAUAAUAAUAAUAAUGAUAAUCAAUUAUUCAAUGAUGAAAUAAAUUCAUUAUAUAAUUAUGGACGAAUAUUUUGGGGUUACAAUAUUAUUGAUUCUGGAAAUACUUUACCUAUUACUAAAUAUUCAAAUAAUUGUUCUACAAAAACUUCAUUGAAUCCUUUAGAUAAUUUAAAUUUUCCUAAAUAUCUACAUUUUCCAGAUAAUUUUUUUGAUGUACUUUGUCCAGAUCGAGUAUUUAAUGAAGAGAAACCAAUUUUAAAACUUGCUUGUAGUUCUAUUGAAUUUAGUCGUUUAACUAAUUUAUUCCAUAAUUAUAAAGAUGCCAAUCAAGAUUUAGUCAAUGUUGUGUUUUUGUCAUCAUCUGGAGCUGGUUUUAAACAAUUAUGUGUGAUAUUAGAUCAAGUGGAUGCAUUUAUUUUAAUGGAACCAAAUACAUUUAUAUGGGAUACAUGUGGACCACAUACAAUAAUUAAUUCAUUAGGUGGUGGUAUUAUUCAAUUAAAAUAUGCAUUAAAUUCUAUUAAAUUAUUAUUAGUACAAAAACAAUUAUCAAAUAAUUACAAUAUAAUCAUACAAUUAAUAAUGAAUGAUUUACAUAAAUAUCAAAUUAAUUACAAUGUAAUAAAAUCAUCAGAAGAGAUACAAACACUCAACUCGGUCAAUCUUUCCAAAUGUUGUAAUCGUAAUGGUUUAUUAGCUUAUCGUAAUUCAUUGAUAGCUAGUCAAAUUCUUCUUCAUAUUGCAUUAAAUCAAAAAUAAUUUUCAUAACAAUAAUACCAUAAAAACAUUUAACAAUAGAUACAUACAAUAGCGCACACACACACAUACAUACAUACAUAUAGAGACAGGUAAAGAGGUAAAAGUUUAAUGUAAAGAAUUGCGACAUAUUUCUUUCUUUUGUUUUUUUUUCCUUUUUUUGGUUAAAUCACAAAUGGAUCAUUAUCCUUUUUAUCUAUAGAAACAGGAAGAAAAAAGAAUAAAAGUAACAUAUAUCCUUAUUUUUGUCUCAUUCCAUGUAAUAAACAAUCAUGUAUCAUUAAACAAUAUGAUUAUGGAUUAAUUAUAGAUUAUUAUGUAAUUCAUUAUUACCUUAGUCACAAAACAGAAUAAAUUCAUCAAUUGUGUUAUGAUUAACUUUAACUAAAUGAUGGUUAGCGUUGUUUUGUUUUUGUUUUUUUUUGUUUUUCUUCUAGCGAGUUAGUUUUCUAUGAGAUGAAUUCGCUAAUCCCUAUAUAUAUAUAUAUUUAAUCCUUCUAUUUUACCUGGGCUUGGAAUCAGCAGAGGAAUUCUAGAAAAUCUAAAGAUGAAGUUAGUGAUAAAUAAUGAUCAUUUAUAAAUAAAUUAUGAAUCAUGUUAAAUAGACUAGAUACAAUUAAUAAUCAUUCAAUACAUAAUAAAUCAAUAAUUUAUGAAUAUUCAAUCAAUAAUAUUCUAGAUACAUGAGGUGAUUGUAUUGAUUAUUCAUUAUUUAGUUUUCUUCUUUUUUUUUUCUUUUCUUUAUCAUAAUGAAUUGAUUAUUUUCUUUGUUAUUGUUAUUGUUGUUGUUGAUGUUGGUAACUUUAUUUAUUUAUUUAUUUAUUUAUUUAUUU